AUGCUGGCGAAUCCAAUUUCGGCAGGCGUAAACGAGAUGCACCACAGCAGUGCCAGUGGUACUAUGCUGCAAAGAAAAGGGCAACAGGGUUGGGGAGUGGCAGGGGGUUUCAGAAAACCUCCAGAUUUCGAGGCCAGCGGGAGAGAGAAGCGGCGAUGCCUGGACAACACGAGGUCAGUCCUCCAUCGGCCAUGCUGGAGUCAACCUGCAGAUGGGCCCCCGGAGCACUUGAGCCUUCAGCCGCCCCAAAACGCAGGUCAGAAAGGUGUGCAGGUGCCGCCCACCUUGGUUACAGAUGUAAGGCAACUCCUUAUUGACAAUUUGGGGGAAUUUGCUGCCAAUAAGGGGUUUGGCGGCUUACCGCUCUGCGACCUGCUCGCAAUGUUCCAGCAGAGGUUUGGCUACGAUCUUGAACUUGCCAUCAAGGCGGUGGGGGAUCCCUGUUUGGCCAAUUUCAUCCGGAGGCGUGCUGGGGAUCUGGUGGACUUGCGGACUGUUGACAAUGUCCUGGUGGCAUUCCCAAGGCACACAUUCAUGCCUGGCGCCAACAACCAGCCUGAGAGGAAAAAAGAGGAAGGCAGCCAGCGUGAUAGAACUCCUGCCUGCAAGCCGGCGCGCUGGUCUCCAACAGCACAGGAGGACAACACGGCGGAGUGCCGAAGCACAACAGACGAGCACCUCCCUGUGCCAACCGUCACUAAUGCGCAGAUGCUGCAUGACCUCUGUGGGCUUGUCUCCCAUGAGCUGCGUAGAGCCUCCGGCUGCAAGGGAGUGCCGCUGCAGCAGUUGCUGGAGCUGUUCCAGAAGGAGCACGGGUACUCCGUCAACCACAGGCAGUUUGGGUUUGACAGAAUGUCCCUCUUUCUCAAGUCCAAGUUGGGCCACCUUGUCCUUGUGAGUGAGGACAAGAAGAAAGCCAUACACCUGCUGCCCUGCCCCGGUAUGGAGCAGGUGGUGUCACCCUCAAGCAACGAUGAGCGGGAAGGCGUGGAAGAAGAAAAUGCGCAAAAGAACAUACCUGCAAGGCUGGCGUCCAGGGGACUGACCUUGCUGGAUGGGUUCAGCUUGCUGCUGAGGCAGGAGUUUCUGGAAGAGAGGUUCAACAACUGGAAGAGGGACAGGGACAAGGCGCUGAAGGGCGCAGUGGACAUGCCCACAAAUGCCAGGAACACUCUGAAUGAUCCAACAGUGGAAAACCCAACCCAGACCUCGAAAUCCUCCAUACCGGAGGACACAUCAGCUGAGAUCAGCAUCGGAGGGACUCAGCCAGAUGGCGAGGUGCCUGGUGCCAAGAACCGUGGGGAGAUAAGCCAAUUCACCAUCUGCCCAGAUGAAGACCUUGCGGGGCUGGACGCAUCAGAAGACACAGGCUCCGACGGCGCAACUACCGGGCCCUUUGGGCCCACCGGCUGCAGAGUGGGUCCGAAAUCGAGGUGCUGGCUGGAGAAGUUGAACACGGACUUUGCAGCAAAGUUUGGGGCCCCCUUGGUCGAGGGGGGUGACUGCCAGCCCUUGCUGGCGCUGUUGCAGGAGGUGUCUGACCCAGAGGUUGUGGUCAGCAGCAAAGGGAGCCUUGUCGAGGUUCAUGAGAAGAAUCCAGCUGACAGUACAUUUGAGGUUUUGACAAAGACAAGGGAGGCCCUCUUCAACAUGCUUCUCCCAUGUACGCUGUACGCCACCACGUGCCCAACGACGAAGUCAGUUACUUCAAUGCUGGACAUCGCGGAUGUGGAGCGAAAGCUGUGGGAAGGUUUGGUGUCGGACGCAGUGAUAGAAGACGCUGCCAGCACCAUCAGCUCGUUUGGCUGCAUGGAUUUUGAGGACAUGCUCGGAUCUACUGUGUUCAAGGACAUCUUGACUUUGUCUAAGGGGGAGGGCUCAACCAUGGUGGCGCCUGUUUUCGAUCCCUACGUGGACAUGCGACUCUUUCUGGAAGGCCAGAUGGCAAGGGUGGCGGGCAGGCUGUGCGACACAAAGCCGCAGGCCAGCGACUCGGCGAGGAUGGGUUUCGAGGCGCGACCGCUGCCGCUCACCCAUGGCCUAGCGCUGAGGGAUGCUGAAGAGGAUUUCUUCAGAUUGUUUCAGUACAAAUUCGUGGCGGGAGAGUACGGAGGCAUCUCAAGGGCGAUGGGCCUGCUGUCUGACAUAUGCGAGCUUCGUCGGGGCAUCGAGAGCAUAUACUUUCACCCCACUGAGAUCUUCCUGCUGCGGCUGGCUCUGGAGAACUGCCUCAAGGGUGUUGGCUGUCCCAUCGAUGUGGACGGAAACACCCGGCCUGGCAGUCAACCGGAGUUGACAGGUGUCAAACUCGAGUCUGUGAAAUCGAGGUUUGCCGACAUGUAUGGAUGGCGGUUCAGCGAUCGCCGGUACAGGGAAGAUGGCUUUUCGGGGGUGUUGAAAGCUUCCUUGGACCAUUGCUGCACUGUGGUGGCCAGAGGCGGGGAGGAUUGGGUGUGUGGGCCUCAGCCUGGCAAGCUGCCAAAACAGGUUCAGAAGCUGAAGCAGGAUGCCGCGCUGCAGCGGCUGAAGUCGGCACUCCCCGGCCCCAAGGACGCCGCGGCUCCACCCAAAGAACCCCCCGCCUCCGCCAACCCGGUCAGGCAAGAAAACCCAAGCCCGAGACCAGCUCAGAGCGAGGCCAGGCCUGCGGGCAGCCGAUCCACCCACAACCAAAUCCGUUGGGAGCCGCCCCCAAGGCGAGCUCAGAGCGCGCCGCGCACCACCCUUGCAACUGGGGAAUCUGCCCAACAGCCUCCAAAGGGGCUUGCCUUCCAAGGUGGCUGCAAGCCAGGGCAGCCACAGGCGUCCCAGGGCAGGGGGGGUGAGCCCCUCAAUCCUGCCCCUGCCAGCAGGAAGCUAGCGUGGGGGAAGAAUUUGCCUGAGGUGGAUUUUGAUGGCAUACCAGCCGAGCUGAAGGGUGAGAGGAUCGAGGUGGACCAGCAGGCGUUCAGCACGCUGCUGGUUAGGAGGAAGGGGCAGUUUGUGGGUUGCAUGGAUGGGCUGCAGCUCAUUGGGGAGCAGAAGAAAAUUGGACAAGUGGAGCCCAUACAGCAGAUGCCUGCCCAGAUUGUUGAACAGAUCAAAAUUGGACAAGUGGCAUCCAUGCAGCAGGUUCCUGCCCAGAUGGGCUUGGGUGGGAUGCAGCUGCCUAAGCAGAAGCCCAGCAGGAUGAGCGGGUCGGGGAGGAAGGGCGGAGGCGCACACCUGCCAGACAAGGAGCCGAGUCACUUGAACAGGAGCUCUUCAGAUGGGACCGGCAGGGCACAGAUGCCCUGGGCCACAGUGAAGGUCCUCAACCAUUGGCAAGAACACCUGUGCCUGCACGAGUGA